GCUUAGAGCAGAAGUCCUGCUAGUCGCCUCCGUCUGGGUACCAGCCCCCUAUUACUCUGCGGGUGGGUUGAAGGAAGAAGGAUUCUCGCCUGGACCCUGCAGGUUUGUAGAUCUGUUGGCCUGUAGGUCGCGGCUCGAGUCGCGGCGAGGGAAGCAGCAAACUGCCCUGGAACCAUACAGAUUCAUCACAAGAGGCUUGAAGGAGCCUAAGAAAGGCUGAAGACUGCCACCCUCCACCACCACUUAUUUUGGCCCUAAGAGGCCUCUUCAAUCAGGCUGAGCAAGGUGUUCUCCUAUCUUGUCCCAAGGCUGCCAUAGACUUGAGUAUGGGUCGUGCUCGGGAAGUGGGUUGGAUGGCAGCAGGACUAAUGAUUGGGGCUGGUGCCUGCUACUGCGUUUACAAACUGACCAUAGGAAGAGAGGAUAGUGACAAGCUGGAGGAAGAGGAGGAAGAGGAAGAAUGGGACGAUGAUGAGGAACUGGAUGAGGAGGAGUCCAAGAUGUCGUUUGAUUUCACAACUAUGGCUCGGCCCUGGAGUGAUGAUGAGGAUUGGACCGAACCUGGGGCCCCAGGUGGCAACGAGGACAGGCGCUCAGGUGGGGGCAAGGCCGACCGACCACACCCUACAAAACAGCGUCCAUUCCCCUAUGGACAUAAAAACACUUGUAGUGCUCAAAGCUUUAAAAAUGUCAGUUGUGUUCUUGAGCUCUCCAAGAGUCCUUUCAUUCAGGUAAAAGUGUUGUUUGCUCAGCCCAAGGAUGCUGGUUUUUCACAUAGCCACAAUAUCGAUAGUCAUUCGGCCAGCCUCUCCAUUGUUGGAAACAUGAUCCCCACUCCCGACCUGACUGUUGAGGAGAAGGUUUUCUGUGCCCUGGGUGACUUGAACGUGAGUGCUGAAAAUCAGGGCCAGACUGAGAUGUACAUCAACCAAGUGUGUCGCGAGACUGUGUCUCGUUGCUGCAACUCAUUUCUGCAGCAGGCAGGAUUAAAUUUGUUAAUAAGCAUGACAGCUUUUAAUAACACGAUUGCCAAGUCUGUUUCAGACUUGAAGCUUCCUUUGAUAUCAGAGGGAAGUAGAUGUGCUAAGGCUCAGGUUUUGAAACCGCUAAUGGGUUUGUGUGAAAAGCCAGCCUUGGCAGGGGGGUUGCUCGGGGCCCCCAUGCUGUUGUUAUUCAUGCCCCUCUUUAUCAGAAAUGGAAACAGAGAGAUUCUCCCGGACACCCUGGCCCCUUAAAUGGCCAUCCCAAACAGAAAGGGACUGAAUCCACCCAAAACCCGUUUGGUGAACACUCACCUGUGUUCUCACUCAGGGAACCUGCAGUGGGUGCUGUGGAAGAUCCAGCCUUAGCCAAUCACCGCAUCACUGGGUGAAAGUUACAGUUACUAAAUCAGAAACCACACUCUCCCUGGCCAGGCAGGGGUUCCCACAGAACUCAAGUAACUUCUUGGUUUUACAAGUCUGCAGGCAAUGCACAUUGCAUAUCCCUCCGUUGCAGCCUUCUUGUGGUGAAGGGCUCAUUGCACCUGCCAGCUGUGGGUAAAGAACAUCCUGUUACAGCAUCACAGAGCGAUGUUGUCUCCUAUGGUGGUCUCCCUGUUUAAGCUGGACCAUUCUGUGGAGGCCAGACUUGUAUCAGAGCUUGCGCUGGAAAUGCAUUUGUUGCUGCUUGGAUUGAAUUCACUUUUUUAAAUCUACUCUUUCUUCUACACAAGCUGACUAUUCAUCAAAAACCUAUUCAUACACUCCCCAUUUAUCAAUUGUACCAACUUCACCUCACU